AUGCAUCAUUCAACUAGAGGUGCAUCAGAGGCUCUUGAUGCUAUCCUGAUAUGGUCUCACCUGAAAAGAUUGCCUUUUGACCUAAUAUAUGACAAAAGGAUUAGGUUAGAGACUGAUUUAGUUGGCGAACCAAAGGAGAUGGAUGACCCAACAAAAUCUAAUGUUCCGAGGAAGGAUGAAAAAGAAAAGGAUCCAGCUAAUGAUGGUCCUAGUAGCUCGAGCACCUCCGCCCCUUAA